UGCGCUUUAGCUAAGCAAAAGUUCGAAGUAAGUCUUGUUGGCAUUUGCAGCGCAAAAACAAGUUGUCUUCUUGGUUUAAAGAUGCCGAUUCCUGAAGGAAUGAAAUCGGUUCGAGAGCGUGUUAAGGUGGUAAAGGAAGAACCAAAUGUCCAAACAGAUCCUGCAAAAAAAAAUUUGCUCAAAGGGGCAGGACGUUUUGUGAUCGCAAAUAAAGUAUGGCAGAAAUCAACAGUCACCAGAACAAGUGAUGUCGUCAUCAUAUUUCCAGCCAAAACCGAAGAUUAUGUGGUGAUGUGGUUGCUAUCACGACUGCGAUCACGAAUACCAGAAGUGGAAAUCAACGUGCGACAAAUGGCAGAUAAACCUGCAUACGGGUUCUUUCUUACGUCAUCAAUCAAAGUAUUCAUGGAAAAAGCGGAGGAAAUUGGUUUAAGGAAGAAAUUAAAAGAUGGAGGAAUGGCAGAAUUUACAGUUGAGAAUCAAGAAGAGUUUCUGAAUAUUGAAGAUCCUGAGUUAUUCUUUACUUCAGGUGACAGGCAGAGCAUCAUAAUGGAAUUGGUCAACAAUAUGAGAGCAGUUGAAGGUGAUGAAUUGGCUGGUAUUAAGUUUGUUCCAGGACAAACUAUAGUUCCUAAACUUUUGGUUGAAGAAGUGAUUGAACAAAUUUUCCCCCUUCAUGAUCACGAUGAUUUAGCGCAACUUCGAAAGACUUGGGUCAAAGCAUUCUUCAAACCACAGCCUCUAGAUGAUAUCCGUGAUUAUUUCGGUGUUAAAAUAGCGAUGUAUUUUGGAUGGCUUGGACUUUACACCAAAUGGUUAUUUGCUCCAGCGAUAUUUGGCAUAAUAAUGUUUGGAUUAAUGUCGCGUGGUGAAGUGAUUCGUGAUUGGUGUAUGUUCAUAUUCAGUAUAUUCAACAUCGUUUGGGCGACACUUUAUCUCGAGGCUUGGAAACGAAGAUCUGCUGAGCUGGCGUAUCGUUGGGGAACAUUGGAUAUGCCGUCUGAAUCUCUAAAGGAUCCGAGAGUUCUUUUUGAGGGUGAAUGGAAGCCAAGCCACAUCACAGGUAAAAUGGAACCCACAUACCCAUCAUGGAAACGCAAUGUAUUCAGAUAUUGCGUCACUCUUCCCGUGAUCAUUCUGUCUCUUCUUGUCGUGUUUCUGGUAAUGAUCAUUGUAUUUGAGUUUCAACGUUGGGUCGAUGGCAUGGAUAAUCCUCCUAAAUGGCUGAAGUUUGCACCGAAGAUUGCCCUCGCGGUCUCUAUUGGAAAAAUGGACGAUAUUUAUAAAACUAUUGCCUAUAAACUAAACGAUAAAGAAAACUAUCGCUUGGACGAAACUUACGAAAAUCAUCUGAUCAUCAAACUUGUUUCGUUCCAAUUCUUCAAUGCUUAUCUUUCCUUGUUCUACAUUGCAUUCGCUUUGAUGAACUUUGACAAACUGAAAACACAACUCGGUGCUUUGCUUAUUACAAAACAAGUGAUUGGCAAUGUGAAAGAAGCUCUGGUUCCAUUUGUCAAACAAAAAGUUAAGGAGUGGAAAAAGAAAAAAGAUGAGGAGAAGAAGAAAAAAGAGGAGGCGAAAAAAGCAGCAAAAAGUGGGAACACGACUAAGCCAGACAAACCUGCUGAACUUGAUACAGCCAAGGCAAAACAGCCCGAAAUCGAAGCCGCUAUGCCAGUAUACGAGGAUACAUUUGAAGACUAUUUGGAGAUGUUCAUUCAGUUUGGUUUCGUAGUUCUGUUCUCAAGUGCUUUCCCGCUGGCUGGAUUGUGUGCGUUACUUAACAACUUGGUUGAAAUUCGGAGCGAUGCAUUUAAAUUAUGUACUAAUCUUCAACGACCAUUCGGCAUACGUGUUGAAAACAUUGGAACAUGGCAGGAUGCAAUGGAAUUGAUGGGAGUGAUAGCAGUAAUUGUGAAUCUUGCUUUACUUGGAAUUGGAGGUUCAUUGACUCGAAUGUUUCCAGGAAUGACUCCUGCACAGAGAAUAUUGCUUAUCAUUGUUAUUGAGCACGUGGUUCUCGCCAUCAAGUUUGCAGUAUCAUACGCCAUUCCUGAUAUCCCAGAGUGGGUCGAAGAUGAGAUUGCUAAAGUUGAACACAAACGACGCGAAGCAGAGAAAGCAGAAAAGAUUGCACAAAGAAACAACGGAGGAGCAAAAUCACCAGCGUCUUAAUUAUGAAUACACAGUCGCACUUGUCCGUUGAAACGAAUAUUGGGACCAUUAUAAUUAACUUACACAUCCGAGAUAUCACUAAGUUACAUUUACAAACAUGCAAUAUACAAAAUGAUGUGUUUCCUUUAAACUAUAUAUUGAACAUCUCUACAUGCACUUUUUAUUGGUGACUAGGUAUUUACUAAAGGUUUAUAGUUUUGUGCUCCAUUAUUAUAUUGUUUUUAUAUUUGAAGUAGUUAGAAAAUUCAUUAUGAUUGUUACUAGUUAAUAUAAUUUUAAAUUAAUAAACAUGAUCAAAAUCGUGCUAAUA